CUCGCGCUGAGUCCCACCCGCGGGAUGGUUCCGUCCCGACGCGGAAGUGUGGAGUGUUUGUUGUGAUGACAUGGAGGCGGCUUCUCACGUCCUCAGCGGCUAACUUUUAGCACAACUUAACUUUUUUUUUUUUUUUUUUUUUUAAACAGUUUAGAAAUGUCAGUGACGCUUGAAAAUGAAAAUGAAAUCGAAGCUCGUGUUAUAACCGGUGCGCGCGAGGUCGGUAAAGUUGAGCACGCGCGCUGAAGGAUGGACCGGACGCGGUUCGUGUGUCUGUGUGUGCUGACCUGCCUGACUGGACCGCGACUACAGUGUGAAGGAGGGAGCUCUGUCACUCUCCCCGAGUCUCUACUCUUCGUCUCCACACUAGAUGGGAGUCUACACGCCAUUAGCAAACAAACUGGAGACAUCAAAUGGACUCUGAAGGAAGAUCCAAUCAUCCAAGUUCCGGUUUAUCUGCGGGAACCAGGUUUCCUGCCCGACCCCAACGAUGGCAGCCUGUACGUGUUAGGAGAUAAACACAAACAGGGUCUAAUGAAACUUCCCUUCACUAUUCCAGAGCUGGUUCAGUCGUCUCCCUGCAGAAGCUCGGACGGCAUCCUGUAUACAGGGAAAAAACAAGACACAUGGUUUGUAGUGGAUCCUCAGACGGGUGAGAAACAGACGAGUUUAAGCACUGCGUCGUCUGAUUCCAUCUGUCCAUCAGCUCCUCUCCUCUACAUCGGACGCACAGAGUACAUGAUCACCAUGUUUGAUACCAAGACACAGGAACUGCGCUGGAAUGCGACCUAUAACGAUUACUCAGCUCCGCUCUACGACGACCAAAAAUACGAGUACAAGAUGUCGCACUUUGUGUCGAGCAGCGAUGGCCUGGUGGUGACGGUGGACCGCGACUCGGGCGACAUGCUGUGGAUGCAGAAGUUUGAGUCGCCUGUAGCCGGAGUGUACCUGUGGAUUCAGGACAGCCUGCGGCGAGUGCCUCACCUCACUGUCGCCACGGAAACGCUGCGAUAUCUCACGUUUAUGGCGCAAAAUACACACUCGCACACCAUGAGGUGGACCUACCAGUUUACACGGGAGCAGCACAGCACCAAAACACAGCUUGUUCCCUCUCUGUAUGUGGGGAAAAUGGAUUCUCACCUGUAUGCCUCCACCUCUCUCGUCCAUGAAGGAGUCGCUGUAGUGCCUCACAGCCUCACCCUGGCACGCAUUGAGGGGCCAACCACGUCGGGCGUGACGGUGGGGAAUGGGCGGGGUGAGUGUGAGAUCACGCCCAGCACUGACGUCAAGUUCCCACCAGGAAGCACCAACCCGCUGCAGAACCAGUGGCUACUGAUAGGCCAUCAUGAAGUUCCCCCCGUGGCCCACACCACCAUGCUGAGAGAAUUCCCAGAGAACCUGCAGCACUCCGGGGACGUCAUUCCUCCUCGAGGUUCUGCUUCCGCGUAUCGACCCGGAGCUCAUCCAAUGCCCCCAGUAACACGCGAAAGUUCUUCCCCCAUGUUGCCUGACUCAUUGACCUCUGACCCUGUGACCUCAUUCUUGGUGACGCUGCUGCUCGCCACGCUGCUAGCUUUCUUGUUCACCUACAAGCGAGUCAAACAAAUGGCGAGAUCAGAAGAGACGAUGGAUUCAAGACCCGUAACCGAUAACACCAGUCAGACAAGUCAGGUUUUCCCCACAGGAAAUGACAUCGCCUCAUCAUCAACUUACAGCAGCGGCAACCAGUCAGACCACAGCAGCUCGGUCUCGUCCAGUCAAACCCGGCCUCGCUCGAGCACUCAGGACUCUGUUUCUGCAAAUACCUCUAGCUUUUCCCGAGAGUCAGAGGAUGUUCAGCCCGAGGUGGUGGAAGUGGGUAAAAUUUCCUUCAGCCCUUCUGAAGUGCUGGGACAUGGUACAGAGGGGACGUUCGUGUUCAGAGGUCACUUUGACGGGCGACAUGUAGCAGUGAAGCGUAUCCUGCCUGAGUGUGUGGAGUUUGCUGAGCGUGAGGUUCAGCUGCUGCGUGAAUCAGACGAGCAUCCUAACGUCAUCCGCUACUUCUGCACCGAGCGCGACCGUCAGUUCAUCUACAUCGCCAUCGAGCUGUGUGCUGCCACCUUACAGCAGUAUGUUGAGGACCCGAGCUGUCCGUAUUCCAAACUGGACCCUGUGACUCUGCUGGAGCAGACGAUGUGCGGACUCAAUCACCUUCACUCCCUCAACAUCGUUCACAGAGACCUGAAGCCUCGCAAUAUUCUCCUCUCGACGCCAGGAGCGCGUGGUCGAGUGCGAGCCGUCAUCUCCGAUUUCGGAUUGUGUAAAAAGCUUCCAGACGGCCGGCACAGUUUCAGCCUGCGCUCCGGAAUCCCGGGAACGGAAGGCUGGAUCGCUCCGGAAUUACUCAUGGGUGUCGAGAAAGGAAACCCGACAAGCGCAGUGGACGUGUUCUCAGCAGGCUGUUUGUUUUAUUACGUGAUAUCCAGAGGACAGCAUCCGUUCGGGGACACGCUGCGGCGUCAAGCUAACAUCCUCUCUGGAGCGUACAGUCUGGAGAACUUUAUGGAGGAUAUACAUGAGGACGUCAUUGCCAGAGAUCUGAUCGAAAAGAUGAUCAGUGCAGAUCCAGAGUCCCGCCCCUCCACCUCCUCGAUCCUGAAACACCCGUUCUUUUGGAGGCCGGAUAAACAACUGCAAUUCUUUCAGGAUGUCAGUGAUCGUAUAGAAAAGGAGCCAGCAGAGAGCCCUAUCGUGGUCCGUUUAGAGACGUCGGGCCGGUCGGUGGUCCGAACCAACUGGAGAAUGCACAUCUCAGCGCCUCUACAGGCCGAUCUGAGGAAAUUCCGCACAUAUAAAGGGAACUCGGUCAGAGACCUGCUCCGAGCUAUGAGAAAUAAAAAGCAUCAUUACCACGAACUCCCACCUGAGGUUCAAGCGGCGCUCGGUGAAGUCCCAGAAGGCUUUGUGGCGUAUUUCACCUCGCGCUUUCCGCGGUUACUGCUGCACACACACACUGCACUGAGCGUCUGCGCUCCUGAGAGACCGUUCCACCCCUAUUACCACAACUAAACACACACACACACCCACACACACACACACACACACACACCACUGCUGCAGAUGAAGAGGACGUGAAGCAGGACAAAUUCGUUGAUUCAUUCAGGAUUCUUUAUGGAGGGAUUUUAUAGUCACUGAGUGUCCUGAGUGAGUCUUGGGAUUCGGAAGACUUUCAGGCAAAAGUUUUAGCGCUGCUGAAAUGUUAGCGCUGCUGAAAUGUUAGCGCUGCUGAAAUGUUAGCGCUGAUGUCUCCUCUGGACCUGCUGAUGUGAUCGUCCAUAAUGGCCAGCAUAUAUAUACAUUUUUUAAUUCAGGAGGAUGAUCCUGUUCUCAGCAGCGUCCUAAAAAAGCAGAUCUCAGAUCUGAUUCUCUGAACGGUGACUCGAGCAGAUGGAUUAAGCAGUGGAUUAGGUCUUGUUUGACGUUAAACAUCAUUAAGCUUUAAUGAGCUAUGAAGUGCACAGUGAGUAGCUUGAGCUGCUGGUGUUGUUUAAGUAGAGCGCUCGGAGGACGACAUGCGCUGUUCCUUAACCGUCAUCGUCAUGGAAACGUCCCUCUGAGGUUUUAAACCCUAAAUCCCUAACGGGAAAUCAAGAAAAUAGAUUUGAUUUUUAAAAGACGCAGCUUGUUUGUUUUAAUCGCUGCAUUACCGUGAACUCCACUAGCUAUUCGUUACUAGAGCUUUUUUUUUAUGCAAACAGUUUAUCAAACUGGAUAAGAAACGAAUUCAUUCGUAAAUCGUUCUCGAGAGCGUUCACACACUUCAUGAAAAUGUAGUCAGUUGGGGAAAAACGUUCAUCUCCUACGAGUUGGUGUCAGUUUUACGUACAACAUGAGCCUCGAUCGAUCGGCUUCAAAUCAGCUUUUAUACGAAUUUCUAUUCGGAUUUACGCUGUCGAGUUUACGCUGUUUAUUUAUUUCAGUAUUUCACACACACUAUUUUGUGAAACCUGGUCAUUUUAUAUUAAUGACUUGAAAGAAAGCGAAUCCAUAAAUUCAUAAAAAGACAAAUAACACUAGCCGUUCAAUCAGGACAAAAGUAAUGGCACCUUAUAAAAGGAGGAUGUGUGUGUGUGUGGAAUGCUGACGCACUGCAGUGGUGAGAUUAGUAGGAGCUCUUUCACUGUCUAUCCGCCAUUUUGUCAGAGUUUUGUGUGGGCGUGGCUAAAUGUAAACAUGUCAUCAGCACACUUGGUAACUUAAUACGACUGAAUACUGAUUGAAAUUCAUCAGCGUGCUCACGUGAGUAUGAAGAAAGUCAGCGUUUUUGUAAAUCUGGUUGGAAUGUUUACGUCCAUUUGGCCACUAAAUUAUUUUAUUAAAAGAGCGAUUAAUGAGGCGCAGUGUGUGAGCAGCGUAAAUGAAGUGGCAUGAAGAUUUAUUGCUGUAUUUUGGUGAUGAAAUCAUGAACUGUGGUUAUCACACAGACACUAAACAUUCUCUUUGAGAGAGGACAUUACAGAUCCAAAGAUAAAAGGUGAGUGACAAACAUCACAGCUUCUGAGGGCUUUCUGAUUGGUGCAAACCUUAAAAUCACCAUUAGCCUUGUUACCAAGUGGGAGGGUUUGAUCAGGGUGGAUAACUCACCAACCUGGCAACCCGGCACAAGCAGAUUCCAUGUCCAGACUAUUGUUUUUUAAUUAUUAUAAUUAUAAUUAUACUAUUUUUCUUAAUGCACUCAUCAACUAAAGCAACCAAAACACAGGACUGAGCAGCACACUGGAGCUUUGUCCACUCCUGUUGAUAUUCAUUAGAUUAUCAACCUUAAACAGUGCCUUGCAUAAAUAUUCACCCCCAUUUGAUCUUUUCCACAGUUUGUACAUUUGUUACAAUCAGGAACUGAAAUGCACUUAAUUGGAUUUUACGCCUCGAAUCCGCACAAAAUAAUGCGUGAUAAUGAAAAAUAAUCAAUGUUGUUUGCAAAAUUGUUCUCAAAUACAAAAUGUGGAGAAAAGUUCUCUGGUCUGAUGAGAUCAAAAUUUAACUUCUUGUCUUUGGUGUUUGCCGGAAACUCAACGCUAGUCAUCAUUGUGAAGCGUGGUGGUGGUAGUAUCGUGUCGAGAGUUGCCCUUGGUUGUUCUCUGACUAGAUUGGAUCUGAAAAUUAGCCACCAGCUCCAUUUCAGACAACAAAAUGGUGACAUUUCUGUUACUACAUUCGCUCUUCAGCCUUCAGUGCCAAAACUUCAGCACAAUAUUGAACGAAGAAUGGAUUUUAUUUAUACGUAAAUGCUAAAUUGAUUAAAAUCUUUUAUCAGAAUUCCCUCAAAGCUCUUAAACUUUUAUUUUAAAUACACAUAAGUUACACAAUGUACCACUAGGAAAUUUUGUUUACACAGAUCCUUGCUUACGUAUUCACUCCCUUGAACUUUUCUACAUUUUGUAGUGUUACAACCUGGAAAUGUGAAGCAUGGUGGUGGUAGCAUCGUGUUGGGUUAAGCUAGCACACAGGUGGAAUUAUAAUUUACUAAUUAUGUGAGUUUUAAUGGCAGAUGUUUGCAUCAGAACGAACACCACAAAUGUGGAAAAGUACUUACGCAAGGCGCUGUAGCUUCGAGCUUUCAUACGCAACAGCCACGUACGCAGUUUUAAUACGGCGGUGUUGAUUAACGUAUUCUUCUAAACACCUUGGAUCUUUAUUUUACAAAGAAAACCAUGUGCUACUGUUGCAGAUUUUCAAAUCGCUCAGUAUUUUAGAUUUUAUACAGCUAUGAAAUUUUUUUACAAGCAUGUUACAAGGUGUGUUACUGAAAACAUGAUAAACAACACUAAGUCAAGUUUUAAAUUUUAAUAGUGUGUAAAGAUUUUUUUUUUUUUUUUUUUUUUUUUACACACACCAUGUCGGUCUACUGUAUCCUGAUCCAACAUACUCACACCAUCAGGUUUGUAAGGUUUGAUCAAGUUAAGAUUCAACGGCUUUAAAUAACAAGAAAAGAAAAACUAAAAUGUGUUACUUUUGUCAUUAUGUUCUACGUAUGGAAAUGAAAGAUGGCUGUAAAUGACUGGUGUAAACAUUACUCUGGAUUUAUUUAUUAUUUCAGUUACAUGAAGUAAAGUUCUGUUUUGUAACAAUAUGCAAAAGCAGCAAAGGAGAUUUCUUCUAGUUGGGAAAUAAAUCUCACCGUUUUGGGAGUCUUUAUGCUUGACAUGUU